UCCCUGUACUGCGCUGUGGUGGUGAUGGGAGGCGGUCAUGAGGAGGCGAGGCUGCUCUCACACAUGAAGGUAUAAGCACUCAGAGAGGAGCCUGCAGGAGGACGUCACGGGGAACACUUCAUUUGACCACAUCAUGGAGGAGAAAGUAAGUUUGGCUGGAUUAUUUGAAGUUUUUGUUUUACUUUUCAAGGCUGGGACUUUGGGGUUCAGUCCAGUUCAUGAUUUGUAAGGUUGUUUUUCCUGCAAGGUACUUUUUUGGGGUGGGGGAAAUGGAUAACUUGUACACGGACAAUAUGACUGUGUUAAAUGACACGACGUCGAUGCAAAGCAAUCUCACCUUGGGUGUGUGGAGAGACUACACGCUGGAGUACAAGGUGGUCAGUGUGUUUUUGGUGUCCCUCAUAUGCGGUGUGGGGAUGGUGGGGAACAUCAUGGUCAUCCUGGUGGUGCUGACCACCAAACACAUGCGGACCCCCACUAACUGUUACCUGGUGAGCUUGGCUGUAGCAGACCUGAUGGUGCUGACUGCCGCCGGGCUGCCCAACAUCACCGAAGCCCUGCACGGACAGUGGGUGUACGGCUACGUGGGCUGUCUGGGAAUCACGUAUCUCCAAUACUUGGGAAUAAACGCGUCCUCUUGCUCCAUCACAGCCUUCACCGUGGAGCGCUACAUCGCCAUAUGUCAUCCCAUCAAGGCGCAGUUCCUGUGCACGUUGUCCCGGGCCAAAAGGAUCAUCAUGUUGGUGUGGGCGCUCACGUCCAUCUACUGCGUAAUGUGGCUCUUUUUGUCAGACACUCAAACUUUAGUGUAUGACAACGCGGUGCUGCUCAGCUGCGCCUACAAAGUGUCCAGGAGCCAAUACCUGCCCAUUUACUUCAUAGAUUUUACCGUGUUUUACGUGCUGCCCCUCAUGCUGGCCACUGUUCUGUAUGGACUCAUCGCCAGGAUACUUUUCCUAAACCCCUUGCCUUCAGAGCCCAAAGACAGCACUAAAAAAUGGAGGAGAGGAACUAGCAAAGGAGGAGGAAGGAUGAUCAAUGCGAGCUCCUCCAGCAGCACCACCGCUGCCUCCAGAAGACAGGUAACAAAGAUGCUGGCUGUGGUGGUGAUCCUCUUUGCCUUACUUUGGAUGCCCUACCGGACCUUAGUGGUGGUCAACUCCUUCCUGGACAAGGCCUACCUGGACACCUGGUUUCUGCUUUUCUGCCGCCUCUGCAUCUACUUGAACAGCGCCAUCAACCCGGUCAUUUACAACGCCAUGUCCCAGAAAUUCCGCUCAGCCUUUAAAAAGUUGUGUCACUGCGGCCCUCAGCCCCUGGAGAAACCUGCUUCAUACAGCAUGGCGCUUACCUACAGUGUCAUCAAGGACAUGUCAAAUGGCGAAAGUCCUGACCACUUCACGACGGAAAUGGAAGAGCUACACACCCCGAGUGAGUUUGCGGCCACUGGAAUCCCACCAAGCGCCAAAAAGACACUGUUUGAACAGCCUCCACUUUUGGGAAAGAUGUCCAAACCUAGAGAAAGAGGAACACUGGAAGUCAUCAAUUGAAUUCAUUGAUUGAUAUAUGGGUGUUAGAUUAUCACAAGAUGCACAAAUCAUAUCAAGUGAAAUAAAGUAAAAUUAUUGUAUUAUUUAUUUUUGACCUCCCCAAAUGCUCACUGGACUGUUUGAGUGGCAUACUACGGGGCUGACAACACCCUGCCCCCGGACAGGAAGGAGCAGACAUACAUACAACUCACAUUUCCACUGCCCCCACAGUGCAUUGGCUGGUUGAUGCAGACAACCGUUAUUCGCAUCAUCUCGAUCCCCUAAAUAAAACCAGAUUGUUUAAUACACGCUGCACGGUGGUCUGGUGGUUAGCAUGUUGGCCACACAGUCAGGAGAUCUGGAAGACCUAGGUGUGAAUCUCCAUUUGGGCAUCUCUGUGUGGAGUUUGCAUGUUCUCCCCGUGCAUGCGUGGGUUCUCUUCGGGUACUCCGGUUUCCUCCCACGUUCCUAAAACAUGCAUGUUAGGUCAAUUGGCGACUCUAUAUUGUCCAUAGGUAUGAAUGUGAGUGGUUGUUUGUCUAUAUGUGCCCAGCGGUUGAGUGGCGACCAGUCCAGGGUGUACCCCGCCUCUCAGCCGAUGUCAGCUGGGAUAGUCUCCAGCAUACCCCCGUGACCCUAGUGGAAAAUUAGCGGCAUAGAAAAUGGAUGGAUGGAUGCUUAAUACAUUAAACACAUCAACUAUUAAUCUUUUCAUGAGUUAUUAUUAUAUAUCUAUUAUUUAUGACUGUUAUAUAAUUUGUUCUACUGCCUUACCAUUUUCCUAUGUAUUAAAAAUUGGCGAAAAGUACAUUUGGAAUACAGGAAGUGAACAAAAGUAUUGUAACUGAUGUGAAACAGAGGAGGUGUGAUGAAAUCAACUUUUGCUUUUUCCUACUCCUUUUUGGACAUGGGGAACGGUGAAUUGUCGCGUGUGAUGCAUUCCAGUGUAACUUGUAUGCAUGUUCAAAAUAAAUUAAACCGUUACCAUUACCAUGAGAAGUGUAAGACGUCACACUCAGCAGCAAGGGAAGGGAAGUCCAGUGUCAUCUGCAAUCAUAAAAUCUCUGGGUAGAUCUGGAAAAAAAAAAAUCCAUCCUCAUUUUUCAAGCGCCCUCCCCAAUGACACUGACAUUUUAAUUUCAGCCAAGACAGAAGGAAGCAAUAUAGAAUGUAACAUGUGAAACAUAACCUUCCGUAGGAAGGCCCAAUUAGAAAGGGAAGCUGUUCUCAUAGGAGUUUUGUAGACUUACUGCACAAUAAUUCUUUUUUUAUGAAGCAUGUUCCAAGCAUAACCACGCUCUUAAAUGCUCUUGUAAACUUUUAGCCAUGUUUGUAGAGUGUCUUGUGGUGGCACUUGCUUUGGAAUUGAAUAUUGUUUUGGAUUUCAUCAUUGCAGGAGUUUGUGCACGCGCUCGUAAAGUUGAAAUUACAUUUACUUAUCAUUUUGCACAAUGUGCUACUAUAUUGUCGUGAGAACAUAUUGGAGAGAGGUCGAAAUGCAGUGGAACCUUGGUUUUUGUCAUUAAUCCAUUCCAUUCCAAGGUUAGGAAAACCGAAAUUUACGAAAAAAAAAAAAAUUCCCGUAAGAAAUAAUAUAAAUCCAAUUAAUUUGUUUCAAACACCAACAGAUAUUAACUCAAAACACAAGUGAAGUACAUAUAAACAAUGAAUGAAAUGGAUAAAUGAAUAUUUAACAUCACUUUUACCUUUACUGAAUACUAGCAAACAGAGAGAUGAGUGGAGGGAGGAGGGGAGGACGGACAAAAGAGCCAUGCGGACGCUGUUUUAUUCUCGUUACAACGUUACAAACUUAACUUUCAAGAGUGGACGCUUAGGGCUGUAUACUUGCUCACUUGAACCUCAUCAUAAACUUCAGCAGCAGGUACAAUCAUCAUUACACACACAAGCACAGCUAACUAACUUGUAUGUGUCUCUGUUAAAACCGUCCCCCCGCAACCUGUGUUAACUAAGGAACCAUUUACUUUACAAUGCCAUUGUAACAGAUGCUACAUUCAUACUUUGUACUCCAGCUUUUUCUUUAAUUCUAGUGUUUUUUACCUUCUUUAUCAAAGUUCUGGCGCUUCUAAUUUAAUCUAAUUUUUAAAAAGCACUCAAUGACAGAUAGAGUUGUUUGUGUGUUGUGCCUUAACUUUCCACAAACACAUAAUAAACAUGAAUCUGUCUGUAGUGUCCCAACUCUAAAAGAACCUCUGUCCAUUUUUCACAGAGAGUGAGUCACCAAUGAGCGGAUGCUUUCUUUGGGCCACCGACGUGGUGUUGUUUUGGCCACUUUGGACAAAAUCCUUGUUUGUCCUUGCAUCAUUCAUGCACAAAGUCAGUGACCAAUAGAUGAAAAGGAGAAAAAAACAGCAAUUAUUCCUGAUAUAUAGACCGAGCUUCUGAGAUAGCAGUUUUGGCAGCAAUCUGCUGAUAUCGCUAAGACUGCAGUUCUAUGAUAUGUGCUCAGCAAAACCUGCAGCGCAAUGAUGGAAUGUUUAAAUAGAUCUUGAUAAAGUGCCGCGCUUAUGUACGCUGGUGUAUCCUGCAGUAUGUACUGUAUAUAGCUGCCGUUGCUAUUAUUAGAGCAAAAGAGUACAAAAGAGCUCCAGAGGGAAUGAAGAGUUUGACAAGAAAGUGAUGUUUUGUUCUUAGCCAAUCCUGUAAAGUUUUGAUUUGUGCAGUGUAAUGGAAAAGUAUUCAGUAUUGUGUUCCUCAAAUGUGCGCCACCAAGUGCAUUCAGAGAAAAAAAAAAAAAAAGGGGCGGGGGAUGCUUGUUUUUAUUCAUUGUGUUUGUGUUUUGUCUUGUCAAACCCGUCAGUGGAAGUCGAUUGCCUUCAAAGUGAAAUAAGUGGAAAACUGAAAAGGCAUUGUUGUGUAGCGUAGCCUUCAUUAUAAAAUACCAUACUUCUGCACUUUUUAUUCCACAGAUCCCGCUGCUUUGAGUGGAAAUGUUUUCUUAGGCAUUCUACCAAACUGCUGUUUUUUUUUUAGUGAUGUGUAAUGCAUAUUGUCGUGCAUGAGGGUUAUACACAGAUACUGAAAUUUUACCCUCCUGGGGAAAUACUUUUUGUACAUUUCUUUGUCAAAAUACUUGAUUUU